AUGGCCCUGCUCCCGCCCCUCUUCUCUUCCUCUCUCUCCGUGUCCCUCUCUCCUUCCCCUCGUUCCUCGCAGUUCCGUCAGCACCAGCAGCAGUCGCAACAACAACAAAGACGACAGCAACAACCUCCCUUGCUGCGCUUCCAGUCCAGCCAGUCAUACGCCUCUAAAAAGUCCUUCCUCUCUCAGGGCUCGGGCAUCGAGGCGGACGACGAACUCUCCCGGGACUCGGACGACGACACCGACUCGGACACCAUGUCACCACGCAUAGGGAGCAGCGCCGGCACGCCGGUGCGGUAUCCAGGGGAGGACACAAGGCCGACGAGCUCCAGGGAGCUGAGAGGAUGGUACAUGUACGCCUUUGCGGCCGAGACUUAUGUUAUUUGUGGCUCGUUCAUCCCGAUUCUCCUGGAGAGCCUUGCCAGAGAGAAUGGCACCUUGCUCAAGAAUGGCAAGCCAUGCGGUCCAAGCAAUGACAAGAUGAAUGAUGACGGCAAGCAGUGUGUCGUGCAUGUCCUCGGUGUCGAAAUCAAUACUGCGAGUUUCGCCAUGUACACUUUCAGCAUCAGCGUUCUGCUGCAGGCGCUUCUCGUGGUGAGUAUAAGUUCCGCAGCGGACCACGGCCAGUACCGCAAGAAGCUCCUCCUGAGCUUCGCCUGGAUCGGCAGCGCCAGCGUGAUGCUGUACAUCUUCAUAUCCAAAAACCUCUACAUACUUGGCUCCGUAUUGGCUAUCAUCUCGAAUGUGGCUUUCGGCGCUUCCUUUGUGCUGCUGAACUCCUUCCUGCCACUCCUCGUCAGGCACCACCCGAGGAUGCUGUGGGCCGGCGAGCGUGCAGGAUCUCUGGCGUCGGAUGAGGCUUCAGACACGGAGGAGACGCAGAUUAUGGAGGACAACAAUUCCACAACCGGCCUCUUGCGCGAUGAAGCUCGCAACGGGCUUGUCAAGACCAUGACUCACGAGGACCAGACUUCUUUAGAGCUAAAGCUCUCGACAGAGAUCUCCGCCAAGGGCAUUGGCAUCGGCUAUGCGGCCGGACUUUUCGUCCAGUGCGUUGCCAUUUUGAUUCUGGUUAAGAUGAACAGCACCACCUGGUCACUCCGGGUUGUGUUGUUCAUCAUCGGAGCUUGGUGGGCGAUGUUUACGGUGCCAGCAGCGUUCUGGCUUCGGCCACGACCUGGACCACCUCUUCCGGCAGGAGAAAAUCGCAAAGGGCUCAGCGCGCUCGUUUCCUAUACGGCGUUUGCGUGGAAGUCAUUAUACAAGACGGUCAAGCUGGCACGACAGCUGGUGGAUAUAGUUCUCUUCCUCGGGGCCUGGUUCCUGUUGUCGGACGCCAUCGCCACAUCGUCAUCCACGGCGAUCCUGUUCGCAAAGACGUCCCUGCAGAUGGAGUCGUGGGCGCUCGGGCUCAUCAGCGUCAUCUCCACCACCACGGGUAUCGCCGGCGCGCUCUCGUGGUCCUACAUAUCACGACGGUUCAAUCUCAAGCCGCACCAGACACUCCUGGCGUGUAUCGGCCUGUUUGAGCUCAUCCCGCUCUACGGUCUUCUCGGCUACCUGCCCUUCGUCCAGGCAUGGGGGGUCGGCGGUCUGCAGCAGCCCUGGGAGAUGUUUCCGCUCGCCGCCGUUUACGGAUUUGUCAUGGGUGGUCUCAGCAGCUACUGCCGGGCAGUAUACGGCGAGCUGAUUCCCCCCGGGUCCGAGGCGGCUUUCUACGCCUUGUACGCCAUCACGGACAAGGGCUCGAGCGUAUUCGGCCCGUUUAUCGUGGCGAGCAUUAUCGAGGCGACAGGCGAGAUCCGGCCAGCGUUCUGGUUCCUGGCCGUCCUGGUGGGCCUGCCCGCGCCGCUGAUCUACUUUGUCGAUGCGGAGCGCGGGAAGCUGGAGGCGGAGCGGUUGGCCGAUGUGAUUGACGACAUGAGGACUCAACAGGGAGAUAGGGGCGAGAGUCCUCGUGAGCCCUGGGAAAACCAGGCCAUCUACAUUGAGGCAUAG